CGGGAUAUUUGUUGGACCUUUUGUUUGAAAGGGAACUCAGGUAUGACAGCGCUGACCCGGAUGUUCUUUCUCGCGCGUCCGAGAGCAGCAGUCUCGUGAUGAGGUCUGUAUUCUGCGUUCUCUCUUACUCAAGAACAAUAAAACUGAGGUUAUCCGCUCAUGUCGAACACGGAAGACUUCCGCGCCUCCACGGUCUUGAUGACCGUCAUGCUUUGCGAUGCUUUUGCACGGAAAGCUCCGAACCGUAUUACAUCACAACUCCCAUCUUCUACGUGAACGCGUCUCCUCACAUCGGUCACGUGUACUCAGCUGUCACCGCCGACUGUCUGCACAGAUACAAACUCUUAAAGGGAUGCAACUCUACAUUUGCCACAGGUACGGAUGAACACGGGCUGAAGAUCCAGCAGGCAGCUGGUAACGCUGGGAAGGAGCCUCUGAGCUUCUGCACCGAGGUUUCAGAGCGUUUCAGGCACGUUUUCCAGAGAUGCAAUAUUUCAUUCACGGACUACAUCCGGACGACGGAGCCGAGGCACAGACAGGCCGUUGAACACUUUUGGACGGUUCUCCAGAGCAAGGGCUUCCUCUACAAAGGCACGUAUGAAGGCUGGUACUCCACUCCAGAUGAGAGUUUUCUCACUCCAGACCAAGUUACUGACAGCACAGACUCCGAGGGAAGACCGAUCAAAGUCUCCACCGAGAGCGGCCACAAGGUGGAGUGGAUGAAGGAGGACAAUUACAUGUUCCGUCUAUCGGUCUUCCGCCCCGAGCUGCUCCGCUGGCUCCGAUCGAACCCGAAGGCCAUCCAGCCGGUCAAGUUCCACAACUCCGUUCUCCAGUGGCUGGGGGACGACAUCCCGGAUCUGUCAGUGUCCCGGCAGAGGAGCCGGCUCCAGUGGGGCAUCCCGGUCCCGGGCGACCCAGAGCAGACGGUCUACGUCUGGCUGGACGCUCUGGUCAACUACCUGACGGUGGUGGGCUACCCUCAGCCUCGCUCUCAGCUGUGGUCGGCGGCGCAUCACGUCGUGGGUAAGGACAUCCUCAAGUUCCACGCCGUUUACUGGCCGGCGUUUCUCAUGGCCGCGGGGCUGCCUCCUCCCCGGGCCGUAUACGUUCACUCGCACUGGACGGUGGAGGGAAAGAAGAUGUCUAAAAGUCUCGGGAACGUGAUCGACCCUCUGGACGCCGCCGAGAAAUUCGGCGUGGACGGUUUGAGAUACUUCCUCCUCCGACAAGGCGUUCCUGAUACCGACUGCGACUAUUAUGAGGAUAAAGUGGUGAAGAUGUGCAACAGCGAGUUGGCGGACGCUCUCGGAGGGCUGUUGAACCGCUGCACGGCGCCCUCCAUUAACCCCAAACAGGAGUACCCUCGCUUCGGGGAGGCGGAGUUCGCCGGACGAGCCGUUUCGGAGGAUUACAGAAUGAUGGAGGCCGUGGCAGAGCUUCCCGUUUUAGUAGAGCAGCACUUUGAGAACCUGCACAUAUAUAAGGCGUUGGAGGCCAUCAGCGCGUGCGUGCGCCUCACUAACGGCUUCGUGCAGAGACACGCUCCGUGGAAGCUGGACCGGAGCGAUCCUGGAGAGCUAAAGUGGCUCGAAAGCAUCCUUCACGUGUCUUUCGAGUGCCUCAGGGUUUACGGGAUACUCCUGCAACCCGUGGUGCCUGGGCUUGCCCAUCAGAUUUUAUCCAGGCUGGGAGUCGGGCCCGAGGAGAGAAGCUGGAAGUUUUCGGCGAUGCGCGAGAGACCGGAUCGGGGCCGGGCGGGAGGGAGAGCGCUGGGUCCUGAUUCGGGCGUGCUGUUCGGUCGCCUGGAGAGGAGAGCGACGAAGCAGAAGACUCCCCGCAAGACGAGUUAAAAACUAACACAAUGAAACGUAACGGUGGCGGUUGCACAGAUAUUACAGCAAAAGGUCAAUGUAUGACAAGGCAUAAAAACUGACAUGAUUUUUUUAAUGAGAAAUACACGAAACUGAAAAAUUGUACAAAUCGAAAUAAAAUAAAAUAAAAUAAAAAAAAAAGGUUGCAAUA